UAUUCAAUACAGAGACCAGAUUUGGUUGCAGAUUUUGCAGAUUUUUCUUUCAAAGCCAAGUUUUACUGAUAUAUUAUUCAACUGUUAAAAGAUAAGAUAAAGGUGUGACAUUGGUGAAAGUAUGUGACAUAUUGAUUUGGAUGGAGUGGAGUUCAUGUAUACAGGGAGAAGUAAAAAGAUCAUGAUUGAAAAAUGAAAAAUAAAAAAUUUAAUUUUUAAAAUACAGUGAUUACCAAGGCAAUCAUGACAUACAUUUACAUAUUUGAAUCAACAAACAAUUUUAGUUGAAAAAUAUAGUUCAUAUUAUUGAAUAUUCUAAACAUGAAGGAAAUAUACAAUGUUACAAUUUACAUGUGAUGUGUAGACGACAAAUAAAAUGUGACAAUAUAGUAAAAUAAUCUGGACAUUUUAAACAUUCAACAAUGACAACAAGUAUAAAUAGUAUCAUCACAACACAACAGAUAUUUACAGACAGUCAUGCCAAAUCUAUAUUGACAACAAUGAACAACUUACGGAAGGUUAACAAACUAUGUGAUGUUGUUUUACAAGUUGAUGGAGAAGAAUUUCCGGCUCAUCGAGUCGUACUGGCGGCCUGUAGUGAUUACUUCUGUGCCAUGUUUACUAAUGAAAUGUCUGAGAAGGAUAAAAGUGUGAUAACCUUACAUGAAAUAUCAGCUGAUGUGAUGAGAGUUUUAUUAGAUUUUGUUUAUACAGAAACAGUGAAUGUCAGUGUAGAAAAUGUCCAGGAGUUACUUCCUGCAGCUUGUCUGCUACAGCUCACAGGUGUUAAGCAGGCUUGUAGUUCCUUUCUAGAAAAGCAGCUUGAUGCUACCAACUGUUUAGGUAUUAAAAUAUUUGCUGAGCAGCAUAGUUGUGACGAACUUCUUGAGGCUGCAGACAGUUUCUGUUUGAAACACUAUGAAGAAAUCAUAAAAUAUGAUGAAUUCAAAACUUUACCUAUCGACCAAGUAGAAUCACUGGUCAAGUGUGAUAGCCUACAGGUGAACACAGAAGAGCCAGUUUAUCAAUCAGUGAUCAACUGGGUAAAACAUAAAGAAGAAUCUCGUACACACCUGUUACCACGGUUGUUGCAUCAUGUCCGUCUGCCAAUUUUAACAGCCAAAUUUUUAACAGAUGUUGCUGAUGAAGAAGUGUUAAUCAAAAAGAGUCAUGAAUGUAGAGAUUUACUUGACGAAGCCAAGAAGUUUCACUUGCGACCUGACUUAAGAAAUCAGAUGUGUGGUACAAGGACAAAGCAACGAAUAGGUACAGACGACAUCCUGGUUGUAAUGGGAGGAUUUGGAUCUCACCAGAACAUGGUAGAAGCUGUUGAACAGUAUGAUCCUAAAACUGAAGCAUGGACUCGCAGACCGAAUUUAUCAAAAAGAAGAAGAUAUGUUGCUGCUGCCUCAUUAAAUGGAAAGGUUUAUAUCAUUGGUGGUUAUGAUGGCCAAUCAAGAUUGAGUUUGGUGGAAUGUUUAGACCUGUCCUCAGAUGAUCCACAGUGGCAGUCUGUAUCAGCUAUGACACAGAGGAGGGGAUUAGCUGGAGUUUGUGUCUACAGAGGUGAGAUAUAUGUAUGUGGUGGAUUUGAUGGGUAUAGUAGACACACCAGUAUGGAAUGUUAUAACCCUGGGACUGACCAGUGGAGAACGUUAAGUGGUAUGGCUGUGGGGCGUGAAGGGGCAGGACUUGUAGUGGCAGGAGAUAAUAUCUAUUGUGUUGGGGGAUAUGAUGGCAUAAAUCUACUGGACUCUGCAGAGAAAUAUGAUCCAAACACAGAACAAUGGUGCAAUAUAUCACCUAUGUCUUGUAGACGUUCAGGUGCUGGAGUAUCAGUAUUGAAUGGACAGAUAUUUGUUUGUGGGGGGUAUGAUGGUACUGACCAUUUAUCAAGUGUUGAAUCCUACAGUAUACAUACUCAACAAUGGUCAUCUCUCCAGCCAAUGGUGGUCCCAAGAUGUUAUGUUGGUGCUUGUGUACUUAGAGGCAAACUCUUAGUUGUUGCUGGAUAUGAUGGUAAUACAUUAUUGAACACAGUAGAAUGUUAUGACCCUCUGACAGGAAAAUGGUCAGUUUUAGACCCCUCUAUGAAUACUCACAGAUGUGAUGCAGGAAUUACUGUGGUCAGAAAAGUCUAAAGUCUCCAUGUUGCCAAAUAAACUAACCAUAUUUGAUUUUAGACAUAGAUAUUAUUUGUUAUUGUAUAGUCUUAGACUUAAAAGUACAGCAGAAUUGUUCUCUGAUUAGAAAUAUAUAUAUAUUGCAUGCAUACCUAUGAAAUCAUUAUUGACAGAUGUAAAGUCUGAGGGACCACUAUCUUACAUUGUAGUGGUGCCACAUCUUUUAUUUCUCUUUCCAUUUGAUUAACAUGUCACAAAGUUGUUAUGGUUUUGAAUUAAAAAGUAAAAGAACAAAACUAAUAAAUUCUUAAGAAAAUUCAAAUCAGAGUCAUGGUCUUUUCACUCAAAUAAUCAGUUUUCCUCACCUUUUUCGUCAUUCUUGAAGGUAUUGAUUUGAUAAAUGGUAUAAAGUUUUAUCAUGACAAGUGACAGAUCAAGUUCGAAAUUUGGUCUGGUCUAAUGAUUGUUAGGUUCUUAGAUUUAAUUUUCAACAUUUCAUUUACAUCAUGCUUGAGAUAUUGACUUGAUGUUUCAAUUUGAUCUAUAGUUUACACCAUAACAAAUUUUAGAUCAAGUUAUCAUUUCCAGUACAAUGAAUUGUUUACUGGUAGAGGACUAUAUUGCCAGACAAUACUCUUAUAUAUAAUGCUUGAAUUGUUAAGUCUUAUGAUAGAUUAUUGGUUCUCCAUCAUGCUGUUGGAUAAAUUGUUGCAAAUCCAGUGUGUCUUUAGAUAGAAUGCUUCACAUUAUAUGUUUUUUUUUCAUCUUAGAAUCUGUGAUAUUGUUUAUGUUAUGUAUUGUGGUUUAUCGCUACUAUAUAGUAUACAUUUUAAAAGGUGUUAUGCUUAAUUAUUGGAAGUUAAUCAAUGUGUUUUAAGUAGAUAAUGCAUAAUGAUUUGUAUUUAUGUUAAAUGUUAUUGUUGCAUAAUACGUUAUGUUAAAGC